UUCCAGCUCUCGACUUCACGACACGCGCGCGCCGUCUGCUUCCCACGCGACUCGCUAUUGUAUCUUCACUUCUUGUACAAUGAUGUAGUCCGACUCCUCCUUUCUGUUCUCCUUCUUCCCCCCCACCACUUCAUUCACCAAAAUGACGACCCCACGCAAAACCUCCUCCGCCCAAGUCGAGCUCGUCCUCCUCCCCUCCCUCCGCAACUGCCUCGUCAACCUGCCCUCUUCGCUCGUCACCGUCCUCGUAAACUCCAACACCCUCGCCCAGAAUGUCGUCGUGGAACUCAGCUACCGCGUCGCCGCCCCACCAGCCUCCACCCCGCAAGACCCCAAGAACAAAUCGGCCACAUCGAGUAUACCGAAAUCUGUCUUUCUGGGCUGGACGGGACUGCAGUCGCAGACGAAGAUGGCGACUAUUCUUGGGAGGGAUGGAGGCGGGGGACUUGCUGCUGCGAGGGCGGGGGGCAGACAGGAGGCGGAGGUGCCGACUGUGGAGAUGGAUGCUGCUUUUGCUGCACUGGUGGGGUUGAGUGAGGGGAUGAAGGUUAGCGUUGCGUUGCAUUUGGAUCCUGUGCAGGCGCAUACGGUCAAUAUCGAGCCUGUCACGGCGACGGAUUGGGAGAUCAUUGAAUUACACGCCCGAUUCCUGGAGACGAAUUUCCUUUCGAGAGUCAGGGCUCUGCCUAACCCGGCCGCCGGCAAUCCGCACCCACUCACUUUGCAUUUGACGCCGACGGUUACGGCUAAUAUCAUUGUCACAUCAUUGACUCCGGCUCCGGCGAGUACGCAGGCUUUCGUCAAGAUUGCGCCGGACGCAGAAGUCAUCGUUGCGCCAAAGACAAGAUCAUCGUCCUCUCGCCCGUCGAGCGCAAAGGAAAAUCGGAGCAUCAACAGCACGAGCCGGAGGAGUGUAGUAAGUGGCGGCAAGAGUGCGACAGGCACCAGCAGAGCGAAAAGCGGGCACGAGGAUGACCGUUCUCGGCCGCCGCUGUUUUUGAGAGGUGUUACCAGGGCAUUAAAGAACGAAUGGUUCGAAGACGAAGGGGAAGAGAUGAAGGAUGAAGGUCUCAAGGUCUGGCUGGACCGGGAUCACCUGCAUUCCAAGACUCUGCGGGGCGUGACGUGGGUGUCGGCCACCGUGAUCAAGCCAGCGGGCCUGCAAGAACCCCCGGAUCCUCAAAGCCAGCAAACACCAGAGCAUCUACCUGCUGGCCGCGUGGCCGCUCGACUCUGCGUCUGGGAUGAUGCGCCUGAUUCUCGCCAUGUCGCGCUGUCGACCCUGCUUUGCGCCGUUCUUGGCUGCGAGGGCCUCGUGGGAGGCAUCGUUCGUAUCGAGCCCGCGCCAACUCGACUUCCGAAAGUGGCAUCGGCCAUGAAGGAGCCAUCGCAGCAGGGCAGCAGUAAAGACACCAUUGUCAAGCGUCUCAAAAUCACUCCCUUUGCCGGAGCCGUGGCAACAAAGCACGGGGGAUUCGCAUUCGGAGGGACCUCCAAAGCUGAAAAGGAAGAAUCGACCGCCAAUCUACGCACACUUUUCGGAAAAACGUUGUUUGAAGGUCCGUUGACGGACGGCAUGAUGCUCCCGAAACGAGACAGUUGGCCUGGCGGGAUACUCGACUUUGAUCCCACACCUGCAGGUGAUCCAUCCAAAGCCCGCACAAACUGGUUGCUCGGCACAGACCGCAAGCUCGACAUGGUAAUGCAGGCAGAGACGCCGCCGCCGAAGCUGCCGCAGCCGCCGGGCGAGCCUUUGUCCGCGUCAGCGCCGCGUAUGGUGGGCGUUGACUCGCUCACUUCGCAAGUGCGCUCCAGCCUGCUACAUGGCUCCUCGGUACUCCUAACCGGCGGCUUGGGAGCGGGCAAGUCGAGUCUGUCUCAGGUGCUGGCGCACCAGCUCCGGGACGAAUACUUGUUCAACGUCAUAUCCUUUCCCUGCAGGAAACUCGUGUCGGAUGAGAUGCGGGUGAAGACGAUCAAAGACACGCUUCGCCGAGUCUUUGCCACUGCAGCUUGGAAUGCUCGCCUCGGUGGGCAUGCGCUGGUCGUAUUGGACGAUCUGGACAAGUUGUGUCCCGUGGAGACGGAGCUGCAGGUGGACUCUAACGGGCGGAGCCGGCAGGUCAGUGAGCUGCUCUGUGGCAUCAUUCGCGAGUUCUGUCGGAGAGGAUCAGGCGUUGUCCUGCUUGCUACGGCGCAGGGUAAGGACGCGGUGCACAACAUCAUCAUUGGCGGGCACGUUGUGAUGGAUAUUCUGGCGCUGAAGGCACCAGACAAAGAUGGAAGGCGCAAGGUCCUCGAAAUGCUCAUCCGUGAGGCGGGGGAGGCGGUUGACGACCAUGACGAGCCGGCCACUGUGGACGUGAAUGGGAGUGCAGCCAGUGAGUGGAUGGAAGGCUCGGAUGAUGGAAUAGCCAACGAUCGCCAACACUCGAAAGGAGAUCCUCAUAUUGGUCCCGAUCUUGAUCUGCUGGACGUUGCUGGACGGACGGACGGCUACAUGCCCGGCGAUCUUGCAUUACUCGUCUCCAGAGCGAGGAGCGAAGCACUCAUCCGCGCCGUGUCCGACCGAUCGCUAUCAGACGAUAUUGUGCUGAGUGAAGAAGACUUCACCGCGGCCUUCAAAGGCUUCACGCCGGCUUCCUUGCGAGGCGUCACCCUCCAUUCCUCCACCACGACCUUUGCCGCGAUUGGAGGGCUGAAGCAAACGCGCCAGAUCUUGCUGGAGACUCUGCAGUACCCUACCACCUACGCGCCACUUUUCGCCAGGUGUCCGCUACGCUUACGAUCAGGGCUACUACUCUACGGCUACCCAGGCUGCGGCAAGACCCUCCUCGCGUCAGCGGUAGCAGGCGAAUGCGGCCUCAACUUCAUCUCCGUCAAAGGCCCCGAGAUCCUGAACAAAUACAUCGGAGCUUCGGAAAAGAGCGUGCGCGAUCUCUUCGAGCGAGCCGAAGCCGCGAAGCCAUGCGUGCUCUUCUUCGACGAGUUCGACGCCAUUGCUCCCAAGCGCGGCCACGAUUCCACUGGCGUGACGGAUCGCGUGGUCAACAUGCUGCUCACGAUGAUGGAUGGCGCCGAGGGGUUGAGCGGAGUGUAUGUGCUGGCUGCCACGUCUCGGCCGGAUCUGAUUGAUCCUGCGCUACUACGCCCUGGCAGAUUGGACAAGAGUUUAUUGUGCGAUAUGCCAAAUGAGGAAGACCGGCACGAGAUCUUGCAGGCCAUUAGCGAGAGUCUGCACGUUGAUGCGAGCGUGUUGCAGGAUGGCGAGCGCGGGUUGGCUGAAGUUGCGAGGCGCACGGAAGGCUACUCGGGCGCGGAUUUGCAGGCUGUGAUUUACAAUGCGCAUUUGGAGGCCAUUCAUGACGUCCUCGGUCCUGGCCAUGACUUUGAGAAGCGGAAAGGAGGCAGCGGCAGCGGUGCUAGUCGAGGCGGUGGCCUCCGACAUCAAGACUUUACCUACUUCCGCUUCGGCGGCGACGACACGAGCCCGACGAGCGCGGAAGAAACGCAAUCACCCGCCACCGUCGCUGCCGAGCGAGCGCAAAUCGCAGCAAAGCUAGCCGCCAUGCAACUCGCGAAACGCAAAGCGAAGGCCGAACGGCAUGCUCAGCAGCAGCAGCAACGCCCGAAUUCCGCCGGCGGUGCACCAAACGGCACUGCACCUAACCAAGGACCGAAACACCCUGAGCCCGUCAUUUCGUGGAAGCACUUGUUGAAGAGUCUGGACACUGGGCGCGCUUCGAUCAGUGCGCAGGAGCGCAGACGGCUGGGGCGUAUCUAUGGGGAGUUUGUCACGGGGAGGAAUGGGGAGAUGUCGGAUGGGCAGGGGAGUAGUGAGGUGGGAGGGAGGACGAGUCUGAUGUAGAUUGCAUUUAGACGGACGUGUUGGCGGCGUCUUCAGCCAACUUGUGUGUCUCGAACAACACUACAUUCCUCGCGUUAAAUUGGCGAACGACAUUACAUUCCUCCCUCGCUUACCCUCAGAUUGACUCUUUGUGCCAUGAUAGAUGAAGCGACAAGUAAUUGAAGGUAUGCCAUUCCCUCG